CUUGUUCCAGAAAGCAGAAGUUGGUUGAAUAAAAGUUGAUUUGUUUGGUAGCAGGCAAGCGCGUCGUGUUUAGUACGAUAUUGUGUUAAUACCAAAUAGCUUUUUGAAAGUUGACCAUUCCCAAGUAUAGGAAUCCAAAACCCUCCCUGACUUUUAAAAACAAAACAGUAGUUAUCCUUUACCUAAUACGUGUAGCAUAACUCUACCACUGUUAUGGUCUUCAUAGAUCUCCCCUCCUGUUGUGAUCUUGAUUCCUGAAUAACUGUAUAAAUAUCCUCCCCUGUGGAAGCCAGAUAAUAUCAAAUCAAAUACAGCAAAGUAGAAAUGGCAAUGCACAAAAACCCAUCAUCCACAUCAAUGUCGGGUCUAGACAUAGCAGGAUCCUUCUUUGCUCCGAUCCAACAAGCCGCCCCACCAUCCCCAACCAAACGCCACAUUAAGAUAUCCAUCGUCGGCGCCGGCAACGUCGGUAUGGCCAUUGCUCAAACCCUUCUCACUCAAGACUUAGCCGAUGAGCUCGCCCUCGUCGACGCCCUCCCUGACAAGCUCCGCGGUGAGAUGUUGGACCUCCAACACGCCGCCGCCUUCCUCCCUCGUACUAAGAUCGUCGCUUCCACUGAUUAUUCCGUCACCACCGCUUCUGAUCUCUGUAUUGUCACUGCUGGAGCUCGCCAGAUUUCUGGGGAGUCUCGUCUUAAUCUUCUUCAGAGGAAUGUUUCAUUGUUUAAGAAGAUUAUUCCUCCUUUGGUUCAAUAUUCUCCUGAUGCUAUUUUGAUGAUUGUUUCUAAUCCUGUUGAUGUCUUGACUUAUAUUGCCUGGAAGUUAUCCGGUUUCCCUUCUAAUCGGGUUAUCGGCUCUGGUACUAAUCUUGAUUCCUCCAGGUUUCGCUUUUUGAUCGCUGAUCAUCUUGAUGUCAAUGCCCAGGAUGUCCAGGCAUACAUAAUAGGAGAACACGGGGACAGCUCGGUGGCACUAUGGUCAAGUAUAAGCGUAGGAGGGGUUCCUAUCUUAAGUUUCUUAGAAAAGCGCCAGAUUGCCUACGAGAAAGAAACCUUAGUCAAAAUACACAAGGAAGUCAUCAACUGCGCCUACGAGGUUAUUCAGCUCAAGGGCUACACCUCUUGGGCUGUUGGUUACUCUGUUGCUAACUUGGCUUGGUCCAUUCUACGUGAUCAACGUAGGAUUCAUCCUGUUUCGGUGCUUGCCAAAGGUUUCCAUGACAUCGAUGAUGGUGAGGUGUUCCUUAGCUUGCCUGCUCAGCUUGGGAGAGGUGGUGUGCUUGGGGUUAUAAACGUGCCUAUCAGUGAUGAGGAAGCUGACCAUCUUAGGAGGAGUGCUAAGACUAUUCUGGAGGUGCAGGAACAGCUUGGCGUUUAGUUUAUUAGUUAAUUAAACACUCUUUCCCACAAUAAUGUAUUCAACAAUAUCAAUUAGCUUAGCUUACUUAAAUUAUAAUCAGCUUCUUUUUCUUUGACAAUCAACUGUAUUAAAUGUUUUGCUUUACCAGUUUUUUUUUUUUUUUUUUCAUUUCCCCAACCCGCCUACUGUUACACUAUCUCCAAUAGAAUUAAAAUAUAUUUUGUCA